UGGCCCACUCCUGACUUCCGCCAGCCUCGAGUCUGGAGUCGUGGCCUUCCCCGCUCUCGUCCCCUCGCCCACGGCGUCCGAUCAUGUUUGGCCUGCGGAAAAACGCGGUGAUCGGCCUGAACCUGUACUGCGGCGGCGCCAGCCUCGGCGCGGCCGGCGGUUCUCCGGUGGGGGCGCGCCUGACGGCCGAGGAGGCCAAGGCGCGGCGCGAGGGGGGAGGGGAGGCCGCCCUGCUGCCCGGCGCGCGGGUGGUCGCUCGGCCGCCGCCCGUGGGCGCGGAGGACCCCCACGUCAGCGCGUCGGCCGAGAGGCGGCUGCUGCGGGCUCCCGGCCUCCUGGCCGUGCCGCGGGAGGGGCUGGCCGCGCCGGCCGCCGCCAUCAUGCCGGGCGAGGAGGAGCUGGACGGCUGCGAGCCCGAGGCGCUCGGCAAGCGGCCGGCCGUGCUGCCCCUGCGGGAGCGCGGGAGCGAGGCGGCCGCCGACGGCUCGCUGCCCUCCACGCCGCCGCCGGCCGAGGAGGAGGAGGAGGACGAGCUGUACCGCCAGUCGCUGGAGAUCAUCUCGCGCUACCUGCGAGAGCAGGCGGCCGGCGCCAAGGACGCGAAGCCGCUGGGCGAGGCGGGCGCCUCGGGCCGGAGGGCGCUGGAGACCCUGCGGCGCGUGGGUGACGGGGUGCAGCGCAACCACGAGACGGCCUUCCAGGGCAUGCUUCGGAAACUGGACAUUAAAAACGAAGACGAUGUCAAAUCUUUCUCUCGAGUGAUGGUCCAUGUUUUCAAAGAUGGCGUAACAAACUGGGGCAGGAUUGUGACUCUUAUUUCUUUUGGUGCCUAUGUGGCCAAACAUUUGAAGAGCAUAAACCAGGAAAACUGCAUCGAACCAUUAGCAGAAAGUAUCACAGAUGUUCUUGUCCGAUCAAAACGGGACUGGCUUGUCAAACAAAGAGGCUGGGAUGGGUUUGUGGAGUUCUUCCAUGUACAGGACCUAGAAGGCGGCAUCAGAAAUGUGCUGCUGGCCUUUGCGGGUGUUGCUGGAGUGGGGGCUGGUCUGGCGUAUCUGAUAAGAUAGCCUUGUGAGUGCGAUAGGUGUUUCAGCUCCAGCCACCAAACCCAUGCUCUGUGAAAACCAGUGUAUUUAUGAAGUUGGACUUGAAGCUGCCCCGGCUUUAACAAUCCAGGAGUUCCACUCUAGCAACAUAGCCAGAAAUAAAGCAAGUGGCUACGGGAUUGUGGCCAACAAGAAUAAAUACAUGGGAAAAGCACUCCCUCUUGAAGAGUUACUAUCUGAAAGAAGCGAAGUUUUCACUCGGCAGACUUUGGGAGGCCAUGGAGGAGGACUUGUAGAUUGGAUGAAAGUGGUUAGCUGGACAGACGUGAUUUCCUUGUCCUGAAUGGAGUGGCCAGCGUCAGGCUAGUCAUAGAGCUCAAUAAAUAUGCAGAAUCCACCACUCUCCUGUAGUGUCGCAAAGAAGCACUAACAUUGACGGUGACCUGUGCAAAUGGAUGUAAGCUGCAAGUAAGAAACUGUGACUAGAAGCCACAGGAGUGUACAAGAAUGUGAAGGGAGGCACGCACGCCCCGCGAGCUCUCCCAGGUGUGCUUGUUGACGAAGCCCACGUGCUCAGGAUGUGUAGGCCUGUCUACUUUGGCUUGGUUUGGAUGAUUCUUAAGUUUAUUAGCCUGGUAAUGGCCAAAAGUACUUGACUAAGCUUCACUAAUUAGUUAUGAAACUGAAAAGCCUCGAUUUUUAAGAGAAACAACAUAUAAAAUGUAUUUGUCUGUAAAAAUUGUAUAUAUUUUUACAGAAAGUCUAUUUCUUUGAAUAUAAAAGAGGGAAGGCUCUGAUUUAGUUUUUCCAUACCCUUUUGAAAAGAUUUGCAACUUGUAGUUAAAAUCUAUUUCUUACAGCUUUUUAGAACUUUGUCAUGACCAGUACUAGAGUACACACAGAACCAGCUGCGCGUGCACUGGCUGCAGUGAGGCAAAUCAGAUUCACAACUACGCAGGCUUAAUUUUCCAGUCUGAUUUUGUAUCGCAGGUAGAUGUAAGGCAUUUGAUCCCCUGGUGACUUAGUAAAUUGUAAAGUGGUUUGCAGGCUAGACUCAUAACCAUGGUGCUAUUCACAGGUUUACUUGUUUAAUACAAGUUUAAGCCUGGUGUUGUCAAUAAAACAAGUAUGUAUUUCUUUUCUACUAA